UAUAAACGUAAUGCAACGUGCAUUUAAAUUAUCUAAACAAACAAAAACAAAUAAAUAAUCGCCGUAAUUAAUUGAAAUAAAGUAUUUCACAACAAUGGACGAUUCAGUUGAAAAUAAUGGCGACAUUGGUUUUGGAAAUAAUGACGAUAGAUAUGAGACAUUGAAAGAAAACUUUCUGCUGCUCAAAGAAAAAAUUUUUAAUUCAGCACGAUUAAUAGACGAGUAUAAUAAACUACGCGAGGACUCUCAAGCUGCCGAAGAACAUUACAAAAAUUUAAUAGCUUGCGAGCGCAAUGCGACGAAAGCAAUCCGUCUUAAACUAAAUGAGCGCGAAUUUAAUUUCAAAGAUUUGAGUAAACGUAAUAAUCAGCUCAUGAAACGGUGCGAUGAACAAGAGAUCAAUAUCGCCGCAAACGCAAAACUUAUGGAGCAGCAAACUGCGAGAAUAAAAGAACUGGAAGAAGAGCAAUCGGUCAAAUCACUUGAAUUUAAUGUCGUGAAGUCAGAUCUCGAGAUUCAAAUUCAAGAUUUAAAAAAAGAGUUGGCUGCAUAUCACAAAAAAGAUCCUAAUUAUGAUAAAAAAUUGGCCAGGAAGCAAAAAAAGACUUCGCCGUUUCAAACGACCCGCCAAACCGGGCUAAUUGAUUUUUUGCUUCUCAAUAACGACGUACCUGAAGUUGAAGCCGAGAACGUCAGCUCAAAUAAAAACGAUUCAGCAAAUGAUAACUCUAUUCUAUCUCCCGUUCUAAAAGAUGAAUCGACUUCUACCGAUGACCUACCAGUAGUUUCUACUCCCAGCCCCAAAAAGCGCGCGCCCAAAAAAAUAACUCAUAGCGUUGAAGUACAAGUGCGCCCUCUACUAGACCACAAGGGCACGAUGACAGAUCCAAAUACGUCACAUAAUAAUUUGUAUCCGUUGCAUUGCAACAAAUGUCAUGCAACCUUAGGUGCCGAGCCGGUUGAUGAAAUUUUAAAUGCCAUGACGACUUCGGUGACGUUUAUUGGAACUUCUUUACCUCGGCUAGACCCAAUUGACCCGCCCAAUAAUUCAGUAGGCAUUUCGGCUGUAAGUUCAGCCCCAAAUAGUCAAUUAGUGCAAAAUGUACAGGGUAGAGUUGACGUACGACAAGAUGGCGGCGCGGGUACACAAAAUGGCGACAAAGACUACGAGGAACUUAAAAAGGAAGUAUUGAAUAUUAAGAAACUAAUAAAGGGUUCGAAAAAGAGUAAUUGCUGUAGUCAACCUAAAAACUGCUGUGGAUCUUCGAACAAUAGUUCGAAUAAUAAUUUGUCAGUAGAUUUGCUAACUUCAGUACUGAGCCAAUUGGUUGUUAAAAAUGUUAAUCCGAAAAAAAAGAAAAAACGGGUAAAAGCUAAAGGUAAAUUUAUCAGAAGAAAAGUUAAAGUUUCUAAAAGUUUUGGAAACUGGGAAAUCAAGGAACAAUCUAGAAGUCCAUCGAGAUCAACUUCACGAUCUAGAAGUUUGUCCAGAAAAUCUAGAAGUUCAUCAAGAUCUAGAACCUCGUCUAGAAAAUCUAAAAAUUCUAGUUUGUCUAGGAAAUCUAGAAGUUCGUCUAGAAGAUCUAAAAGUUCAUCUAGAAGUCCUAGAAGAUCUAGAAGUUUAUCUAGGAAAUCUAGAAUUUCAUCAAGAUCUAGAAGUUCGUCUAGAAGAUCUAGAAGUUUAUCAAGAACAAGUUCUAGAAGAUCUACUAGUCGCUCUAAAGUAUCUAGAAGCCCAUCUCUAACUCGGAGUCGUAAACGAUCUAGAGUUGAAUCAUCUUCUGGAAGUAAAGACAAUUUAGAUUCCAGAAGUUGUUCAACUUCAAAAUCUAGACGAUCUAAAGUAUCUAGAAGUCCAUCCAAAGAAUCCAGAAGUCAACAAAAUGAUAAAAAAUUUAAUCGAAUUAAAACAUGCCCAAGAAUUUCAACUUCUGAUCCAGAAAAUGAGAAUCUAGAAUCUAGACCCGACUCUAAUGGCGUGAAAAAUCUUUCCACAACUGAUUUGAGUGAAAGCGAAGCCUGUUCUCCGAAGUUUACGAAUCCAGUGAGUGCGAUAAAAAAUCGUGUAAAAACUGUGAGAUCUAACAGUCCAGAAUUAUUGUCAGAAAAAGUCAAAAGUAUAAAAACUAAUCUAUUUUCUACGAAUAAAACUCCAAAUACUUCAACUAAAGUGGCUAAAAAAAACAAAAGGUCAGGUGAAGUAUCAAAAACUUCCGCUCAAAUUCAGUCCGGGAUUUUAAAAAAAUUGCGCAAAUUGAAGACAAACAAGCCAUUGGUUACGACGCCAUCUUCUAGCAUUUUGAACUCCAUGGAAACUGGCGAGUCAUCGGUUCCGGAAAGUCAGCGCAAGAGAAUCGCUCAUACUCCGAAAACAAAUCUAGAAGUUAGUCCAGUUGGAAAACGUCCGGCUACGGAAGCAAAAGUUCAGCCGGCGAAAAGACGUCGGGUGACGCGAUCGACGACUGAUAAAGAUACAAGUCCGAUAAAUCCUAUGGAUUUGUUGAAGAGUCUUGUAGAUCCAGAGAGUAGUUCUGAUAUGCCAGAGUCUACGCAGGUACAGAAAACUCCAGAAACUUCACUAGAGACUUUAGCUUUGGAAGAAAAAGAAAAAGUUACGGAUCCAAAGACGCCGGGAAUUGAAAUUUCUAAGCCGAUUCCGACGAAACGAUCUCCGAAAAUAGUUAUCGUCAAUGGAAUUCCGGUGGUUAAAAAACCUGUUGGUAGGCCGCCGAAAAAUCCUGAUGGAGUCAAAAGAAAAUAUACUAGAAAAGUUAAAGCUGUUACAAGUGCAGAAAUUGUUGAAAAGCCCGAUUUGCAAAACCGAAAACUAGAAAGUUUAGGAAAUAAUUCAGUAGAAGAAAAUUCGGUUGGAAAUAUUCUAGAAACUUCGGAAUCUAAAACAAACUCACCAAUGGAAAGCUUACCAAUUAUAGAAAGUUCAAUUGAGUCUCAGGAUGAGAAAGUUGUGGAAGUUAAAGAAAGUUCUGGUGAGUCAAGGCUACAAAAUUCAAAUCGUUCCGGAGAGCACGAAAAUCUUCUAGAAAGUUCAAAAAGUAGUUCUAUGAGUUCAGGAUUACUAGAGAUCUUUACUGAGUCAGAACCUGAAGAAAAUGUUCCAGAAAGUUCACAAGUUAAUGCUGAGAAAUCGAAUGAAAAAGUUAUAGAAAGUUUGAAAAUUAAUUCAAAAGAGUCCGCAUUUACAAAAAAAUCAGAUGUAGUUACAACUGUUCCAGAAUUUAUAGACAAAUUACAAAAAAUCCAAAGCGAACAAACACUUAUAGAAAAUUCAAAAACAGUUGCAAGUAAUCCAGAAGUUUUAGAAAGUUCGGAGCCCGCUACAAAUAAAUCGGAACUUCUAGAAAAUUCAAAAACCGCACAAAGUGAGAAAAAUCUUCUAGCAAACUCAGAAGCAGUUACGAAUGAUCCAAAAGUUCUAAAAAGUUCUACAAAAGUUAUGCGUGAUCCUGAGGCUAUAGAAAAUUCAAAUUCAGUUACAAGUGAUUUAGCACUUCUAGAAAAUACCAAAACUGUACAAAUUGAACAAAAACUUGUAGUAAUUUCAGAAACGACGACCGAUGAACUAAAACCUCUAGAAAGUUUGAAAACAGUUUCUAGUGAUUCAGUACUUCUAGAAAGUACAAAUACAGUUCAAGAUGAGAACAAAGUUAUAGGAAAUUUAGAACCAGUCACAAAUGAUCCAAAACCUAUAAAAAGCUUAAAAUCAGUUACAAGUGAUCUAGAACUUCUAGAAGAUACAAAAACGGUCACAAGUGAUCUAAAAGUUCUGGAAAAUAAAACAGCAGAUUCAAAUUCACCAGAGGUUCUAGAAAAUUUAAAAACAGUCACAACCAACGAUCUAGAACCGAACGCAACAAAUACUUCGAUUGUAUCGAAACCUGAAAAUCCCAAAAUGAACGAAACUUCCGAUUCUAGAGUUAAAAAUCUUCUAGAAGUUCAAAGAGUAUCUGAAAAACUAGAACUUAACCAAGAAAUUAUAAUUGGUGAUGGACUAAAAAAUUCUGAAGUAUGCAUACAAAAUUCAUCCACGUCUGCAGAAUCGAUGGAAACUGAAGAAUUUACAUCAAUUUGUUCAGAAACUUCGGAAUCGCUUGAAUUAUCUCUAGGCCUCGAUGUUUCUGAUGCUUUCGAAUCUAUUCCGACGUCUGAUGACGAUCUUAUGAACUCUGAGACUUCGGACAUCACAGAUAAAAAACUAGAGAUCGUCGAACAGUCUUCGGAAGCUUCCGGAAUCGGAACAGUUUCAGAGUUAGACACCGAUCCAGAAUUGGAACUUUUGCCGAAAGAUUCUCAAUUAGACUCCGAGCCCGACAAGCCUCUAGAAGAUAAAAUUUCAAAGUCUGUAAUUGUUGCCGAGUCUCUAGAGAUAAAAUCUCCAGAACCUGAAUCCAAAGACCCCACACUCGCGACUCCAAGUCCAGCUCCAGUUCUAGAAAAAAAUCUAGAAUCUUCCAGACCAAAUGUGCCUUCUAGAAUGCUUCCGAAAAUGAUUGAAAAGCCUACGAAGGCCUUUAAGUUGCCACUCGUUCAAAAAUCAAAGCUUCUAGAAACUUCGAUCAUCAAAAAAGCUUCGAAUUCCAGGAGCACUCCAGAAGCCGUUGUAACUCUGCCAGCAUCUCCCGUCGAUGAAUCGGCUAAAUCUAUGAGUCUAGAAGCUACAAGAAGUUCACCCGAAAAUACAAGAAGCCUCAGAAAUCGAACGGUUUCAAUCAGUCCACCGAAAACUUUAAAGUCACCUCGAUGUUCUCCAGUAGCCGUCAAAUCAACUUCAGAAUCUUUGCCGCAGUCUCCGAAAACAUCCAAACCCGAGCCCAAUAUUCCAGAAGCUGAACCAGAACUCAGCCCAAAAUCACCAGAUGCCCUGGAAACCCUUCCACCGCGACAAAGUAGCAUUCAAAAUCUCCUAGAUUUUUACCUGCACUCCAGAAUUUCUUCAAACAAAACCUACACCCAGAGACUCACUGAAGAAAUCGCCGUAACAAAAUCGAAAUCCAUUGAAAAGUUCAUCAAAAGCGAGUAUCAGCGUCUUCUGGACGCCCCGAACUGGACUAAUGACCUUAAUGACAGUUUCAUAGCUAAUCUAGAAAAGUUAGAUUUCAACGAAAUGAACUUCGCGAACGUGACUGUCGAGUUAAUGAAAGAGCGCUGCGAACUAAAUGAGCCGCUGAAUCGCGAGUACACGCCGCCAGCGCCACUCAUGACCGUGUCCCAGCAGAAAAUCAUCGGAUUCCUGGCUAGAUAUGAGCAGAGACGACCCGGGAUCAUGUUCAAGGUCAUGGACAUCAUCGACUCGACUUUGUUCAGACUUAAAAACAACAGCGACAAUGAGACUGAUACGAAUGUUCUUGAAGGUCUCGCGCGAUUCUUUGUUUUGAUGGCGAAGAUAAAAAAAGACCGCGAAAGAGUCAGGAUUAUGAUCUGCGAUGCGCUUUACUGCUUUCAGACGAAAGCUUUCAAUAUUUUGUAUGUAGUUUUGACAUGUUGGGCUGAGGUGAUACCGACUUAUGAUGAAAACACCAUGAGUUUGCCUCCACAAAGUAGAACUAAGUAUCUAGUAAUUAGUAUUGCGACGAUAAUCAGAAAUCAGAAACGAUUCAAAGAAGACCAUUCGAAAAUAACUUGCGUAAAAAAUUUACUGUCGCAUUUGUAUCAGUACCCAGAUAAUUUUGUGACGAACAAAAUUAUUGUUGACUUGUUGGAAGCAUUCAAAUUUGAAGAAUAUGACAGAUGUCUGGUACCGGCUAUUGCUUUGAUCGCGAAGAGAGAGGGCGUUGAUUGGACGUACAAGAAUAUUGUCAAGAAAUUGUUGCUGAUGAUUGUCAAUAAAAACGAAAGCUACAAAAUUUAUGAAACUUUCAAGUUACUCGGGUAUUUGCUGCGCCCGUUCCCGGUCGAUGAUGAGGGAAAAGAAGUAGAGAAAAUUGUUAAUCAACUGUGCGAAAUUUUGGAUGCUGGUACUGUUGAACCAGAAAUUCAAGAAGGUAUCGCACUGACACUAUUGACAUUAACCCGACACUAUUUCAUCAGCAUCAGUACGACACUUCUCCGUUGGCAGCCACCUCGCCCUUUAAAUAACCAAUUGCAACAGUUGCUGCAAACUUUCUUCCAGUCACGGACUCCAGAGUACUGGAAACAAAUCGCUAAUAAAAGGAACCCUCGGUUUCCGGCUAUUAAAUAUAAGUACAAUCCCUCGCCCCUGAGUAAAUAAGUUAAGACUACAUACAGAUAUAACUGCAGUCGAACAAAUAAAAUUUUUUUUGUUUUUCUGAAAAUCAAUUUAAUUUUUUGCUUUUUGAUUUUUAUAAUUUUAUUGUAAUAAUUAAUUUUUCAAGUGAUAUUAUUAUCUAAUUUAAUUUAAAUCAAUUAAACAGCAAUUAGCUGUAUAAAUACAUAAAUAGUUAUAUUUUUUAUGAAUAUUAAUUAUCAUUUAAAAAAAAGUUACUGUGUACUUGACUACUAAAAGUUGACAUUUUUUUC